AUGGCGCAGCGAGGAGAUCAAGUAGACAAGGUGAAGUUCUGCUGUUCGAUCUGUCUGGAUCUACUGAAGGAUCCGGUGACUCUUCCCUGUGGACACAACUACUGCUUGAGCUGUAUCAAAACCCACUGGGAUGAGGAGGAUGGGAAGAAACUCCACAGCUGUCCUCAGUGCAGACAGACUUUCAACCCGAGGCCUGUCCUGGUGAAAAACACCAUGUUGGCAGAUUUAGUGGAGGAGCUGAAGAAGACUGGACCCAAAGCUGCUCCUGCUGAUCACUUCUAUGCUGGACCUGAAGAUGUGGCCUGUGAUGUCUGCACUGGGAGGAAACUGAAAGCCUUCAAGUCCUGUCUGGUUUGUCUGGCCUCUUACUGUGAGCAACACCUCCAGCCUCACUAUGAAUCUCCCACUUUUAAAAAACACACACUCGUCGAGGCCUCCGUCAACCUCCGGAAGAACAUCUGCCCUCGUCACGACGAGGUGAUGAAGAUGUUCUGCCGCAUUGAUCAGCAGUGUAUCUGUUAUCUCUGCUCUGUGGAUGAACAUAAAGGCCACGAUAUAGUCUCAGCUGCAACAGAACGGACUGAGAAACAGGAGGAGCUCGCUAGAAGUCGGCAAACAAUCCAGCAGAAGAUCCAGCAGCGCCAGAGAGAUGUGAAGGUCCUUCAGCGAGAGACGGAGACCAUCAAUCGCUCUGCUGAUAAAACAGUGAAGGACAGUCAGAGGACCUUUACUGAACUGAUCCGUCUGAUGGAGAAAAGAAGCUCUGAUGUGAAGAAGGAGAUCAGAUCUCAGCAGAAAACUGAAGUGAGUCGAGUCAAAGAGAUUGAGGAGAAGCUGGAGCAGGAGAUCGCAGAGCUGAAGAGCAAAGACACCGAAAUGGAGCAGCUCUCACGCACAGAGGACAACACCCAGUUUCUUCACUGUUUCCCCUCGCUGUCAAAACUCUCCGAGCCUGCAGACUCACAAAGACCAAAAACAAAUAGCCUGUGGUACUUUGAAGAUGUAAUGGCAGCGGUGACAGCAGCCAGAGAUCAAAUACAGACCAUUCUUACUGAGGAAUGUCCUUCAGUGGAGACAACGACCAGAGAUGAGUUCUUACAAUAUUCACGUCAAAUCACACUGGAUCCAAAUACAGCAGAGAAAUGUCUUGUUUUAUCAGAGGACAACAGAAAAAUAACAUAUAAUAACAACAAUACGUCAUAUUCUAAACAUCCUGAAUUCAUUUACAUACCACAGGUCUUGAGUAAAGAUGGACUGAGUGGACGUUGUUACUGGGAGGUGGAGAUGAGCAGGACUGCUGACUUAGCAGUCACUUACAGGAGUAUUGACAGGAGGGGCUUUGAUUCAACUGUGUUUGGACGGAAUAAUAAGUCUUGGGCAUUACGUUGUAGCAAUGGUUAUACCUUCAAACACGACAAUUGCCCACUCAGCAUCUCAGGUCCUGAAUCCUCCAGAGUAGGAGUUUACCUGGAUCACAGUGCAGGUAUUCUGUCUUUCUACAGCGUCUCUCAAACCAUGACUCUCCUCCACAGAGUCCGGACCACAUUCACUGAGCCGCUCUAUGCCGGACUCGGUCUUGGUGGUCCUAACGGAAACACUGCUGAGUUGUGUCAACUCAAUUAG